AAAAACCCUUAGUUAAACCAUUAGAUUAAGAAGACUUUCACAAUAAAUAUAAUUAUAAAAAAAUGUGUUUAAAUUUAUAUAAAAAUUGUCAAAAUAACACAAUUAUUUUAAAUUUUAAAAACAAAAGAGUGUAAGAGAACAAAACACAUGUGCAUAUCUUUUAGCUAGGAAAAUCAUAAGACGAUGUUUAUUGGGGGGUUCUUCAGGUGAGGUUUGUAGCAUAAUAUAAAAAUCGUCUCUUAACUUUUAACUAAGAAAAACUAAGAACCGACUCUAAAAUAUUUUAUUUAAUUAAGAAAAACUAAAAACCUCACCCUAACUAUGCCAUAUGUUUGAAACUUAUAUCACACAUGGAUUAAGAAAAUAUUUAUGUUUUUAUAUUUAUAAAACAAAAACAUCAUUAUUCUUUGUACCAAAAAAAAGAAUAUAGCUAAAAGAAGAAAAACUUUUGUAAAAGGGUCACUCCGGAACAGUUGUGACCCUCCGUUGGUCGCCGUGGUAGAAUUUAUUUCCGGCCGAAAGGAUUGGCGAUGGAAAUGUGAUCAACCUUAUCUAUCCUAAACCAUCCAUAUAUGGGCCUCCACCACGAAAAGCCCAAUAAAACAGGCAUUUUAUUACCACGUGAUUGGCACAUGAAACCAACCAGGGAAAGUAGAAGAGAAACUAGUGGUGGCAUCGGCAAGUUCGCACCCCUCUCUUCUCUUUCAUCGAUUCGAUAGAAACUUUUAUGUUUUCCUUUUUGCAAAAAAUUCCGGGAAAAUCUUAGUCACCGGAAAAUGUUCCUACCUCAAGCUAUACAACCGCCUUGCUAUACCGUCAAUUUCUUGCCUCGCUCUUCUCCGAAACCACCGUCGUAUUCCGUUGCCUUUUACAAUCAUUCGACAACCUCCGCCGCGGGAGCUAAAAUCUCAAACAAUCAUCUAAUCCAGUCGUUGUGCAAAGAGGGUAACUUAAAACAGGCGCUUCGCCUCUUGUCUCAGGAACCAAGCCCCCCUAGUCAACAGACUUACGAGCUUCUGAUUCUCUGCUGCGGUCGUCGAAGCUCUCUCUCCGAUGCUCUACGUGUUCAUCGGCACAUUCUGGAUAAUGGGUCUGAUCAAGAUCCUUUUUUGGCCACGAAGCUUAUCGCUAUGUAUUCAGACUUAGGCUCUGUUGAUUAUGCACGCAAGGUGUUCGAUAAAACGCGUAAGAGAACUAUAUACGUAUGGAACGCUUUGUUCCGAGCUCUUACGCUAGCGGGUCACGGAGAAGAAGUGUUGGGUCUGUACUGGAAGAUGAAUAGGAUUGGAGUUGAAUCAGAUAGGUUCACUUACACUUACGUUCUCAAGGCUUGUGUCACAUCAGAAUGCACUGCGGAUCAUCUUGCCAAAGGGAAAGAGAUUCAUGCGCAUCUUACUCGACGGGGAUACAAUUCGCAUGUUUACAUCAUGACUACAUUGCUGGACAUGUAUGCUCGAUUUGGCUGUGUGGAUUAUGCCAGCAAUGUGUUUAAUGGGAUGCCUGUUAGAAAUGUGGUGUCUUGGAGCGCGAUGAUAGCCUGCUAUGCAAAGAACGGGAAGGCUUUCGAAGCUUUGAGGACUUUCCGUGAAAUGAUGACAGAAACCAAAGAUUCAUCCCCUAACUCUGUGACUAUGGUGAGUGUGCUUCAAGCUUGUGCUUCCCUUGCGGCGUUAGAGCAAGGGAGAUUGAUUCAUGGGUACAUACUCAGGCGUGGGCUUGACUCCAUAUUGCCUGUGAUCAGUGCUCUUGUGACAAUGUAUGGUAGAUGCGGUAGGCUCGAGGUGGGACAGAGAGUAUUUGAUCGGAUGCGUGAGCGUGAUGUUGUAUCCUGGAACUCCUUGAUAUCAAGCUAUGGCGUUCACGGAUAUGGAAGGAAAGCUAUUGAAAUAUUCGAAGAGAUGCUCGCCAAUGGGGCUUCCCCAACUCCUGUAACAUUUGUCAGCGUUUUGGGAGCUUGCAGCCACGAGGGACUUGUUGAAGAAGGAAAAAGAUUGUUUGAGUCAAUGUCGAGAGACCAUGGGAUUAAACCACAAGUCGAGCAUUAUGCUUGUAUGGUUGAUCUGUUAGGUCGGGCGAAUAGGUUAGAGGAGGCAGCGAAGAUGGUACAAGACAUGAGGACUGAGCCAGGGCCUAAGGUUUGGGGUUCUCUUCUCGGGUCUUGUAGAAUUCACGGUAACGUUGAGCUGGCAGAGCGUGCGAGUAGAAGGCUAUUUGCUCUUGAGCCGAAAAAUGCAGGGAACUAUGUUCUGUUGGCAGACAUUUACGCUGAAGCUCAGAUGUGGGAUAAGGUUAAGAAAGUGAAGAAGCUUCUAGAAUACCGAGGACUGCAGAAGCUGCCUGGUCGGUGCUGGAUGGAAGUGGGGAGGAAAAUGUACUCGUUUGUCUCGGUGGAUGAGUUCAAUCCUCUAAUGGAACAGAUUCACGCUCUCUUGGUUAAGUUAGCAGAAGAUAUGAAGGAGAAAGGGUACAUACCGCAGACCAAAGGCGUGUUGUAUGAUCUUGAGACAGAAGAGAAAGAGCGGAUAGUGUUGGGACACAGUGAGAAACUGGCGUUGGCGUUUGGGCUGAUAAAUACAGCGAAAGGAGAACCUAUAAGGAUCACCAAGAACUUGCGUUUGUGUGAGGACUGUCACUUGUUUACAAAGUUCAUCUCAAAGUUUAUGGAAAAUGAGAUUUUGGUUAGAGAUGUGAACCGGUUUCAUCGGUUUAAGAAUGGUGUUUGUUCUUGUGGAGAUUACUGGUGAUACUUUGGGGACUUUAUACGUUUGCUUAUGAAUCAUAAGCAAGGGAAGGGAGACAUGUCGACUUGAGCUCCCUCUUGGACCUAAUCAGGGCAAAGAAAUAACAAACACGUUAGGCUUUAAAAAAGUUUCAUGUAAUAUAUGCCAACAAUAUCUGUUGGGGAUCAUGAUUGUUAUAGCAUACGUAUUUGUAUUUUAGCGGCUGGAAUAAAGUUUCAAAGACAGCUGGUCUUAAACGAAUUGGUUUAGGAACUGGA